CCCGGCUUUCGGGGUGCUCAGGAAGCUGCGCUCCGGUUUGCAGGCGCGGAGCUCUCACGCUUGUACAUUUGAAUAUAAAAAAAGGGACUUUUUCCAGUUUAAGAGAGCGGUCAGAGCGGCCGCCGAGGUGCUGGCGGUGGCUGUUGAGAGGCAGGUGAGCAGUCGCAGGGUGUUAUCGCUGCUUUCCGGGCGGCAGGAAGCGUUUCAGUCGGUCGCCAGACAACCUGGAGCAAAUCCCGCCGGAGCUAAGCCUCUGCUGUCUGUCCUGAUCUUGUCUGGGGACUGUUGACAACAACAAAGUCCAGCGGGCUCCAAUGGUUUUGUGCCCUCUCCAGUAAAAAAAAAGAAAUGUAGGAGUUUUGAUGCUUCUGUCACCUGGCAGAAGUGUGGGAGAGUGGAUGGGAUGAGUUCAGUGGAUUCUUCACUUGGGCUAUGUGGCUUAGCCCAGAGAAGUGCAGCUCUUAAGUUAACGAGGGAAGGCAGGAACUGUAGUGCCAGGACAAGAGGAAUGGCUUCCCACUGCCAAAGGGCAGGGAUGGACAGGAUAUUGGGAAGGAAUUCCUCUCUGUGAGGGUGGUGAGGCUCUGGCACAGGUUGCCCAGAGAAGCUGUGGCUACUCCAGCCCUGGAAGUGUCCAAGGCUAGGUUAGACAGGGCUUGGAGCAGCCUGGGAUAGUGGAAGGGGCUAGAAUGAGGUGAGCUUCAAAAUCCCUUCCAAUGCAAACCAUUCCUCUUUUCUCCUUGUAGGGAAGGGCACUGCCCCAGGCACAAUCUCGUACUGUGCCUCAUUUUUGCUAAACGGAUGGCGAUUGGGUGUAACACCUGCAGGUGUAGUGCAAUGGAAAUAAAACCUUUAGAUAAAACAGACAGGAACCUGCCUCCCCCCUCAUUUGAGCUCUGUGGGAAUUUUGCUGCUGGAAAGUGCUGAGACCUUGCUGUGACUUCACUUGCAGUUGUUCUUUUAACCUGUAGUUUUACUACUUCAGAGAACACCAUUUUGGGAGGAACAGCAAAGAGAGUUAAGGACAAAAACUGAUGGACCAUUACAUCUUCCAAAAUGAGCCUUUUCACACUUUCCUACUGGAAAAUAACUUGUCCUGAAGAGAGAAGAAUUCAGUGCUGGACUGUCCUAAACACUACCCAUGGUGCAGCUUCCGAGGACAGCUUGAUUUCUGUGACUUGAAGAGGAGGCACAUGUGCAGUGAGCCAAGAGGACAUGGGCUUCCAGUGCAUCUGGAACAAUGAUCAGGUACUGGGCCCAGGUGUCACAUGUGAGUCGCGUCCUGCAAGCGCUCUGAGCACCCCCUCGGGCCGUCUCCUUGAUGCACACUCACGGCAUCAUGGCCAGCACUCAGGAGCGCCUGAGCCUGUCUUCCUCUCCCAACUCCAUCGGCAAAGCGUUCUGUGAGGACAAAGACUUGGGGAGGUUCCCCGCCGAGCCGCCGGCCGCCGGGAGCCAGCCGUCCCCGGAGCUGCUGGAGGACGUGCGGGAGCGGGGCUCGCUGCCGGCCGAGCUGCUGGAGGGCGUCGGCAGCCCGGGCACGGCGGCCGUGCUGACCAGCAUCAGCGAGGACGCCCGCGACCACUUCGAGAACAGCGUGCUGCAGCUGCGGGAGCAGGACGAGCCCGAGCCGGGGCUCCCGCAGGGCACCCGCAGCCCCGGGGACGGCGACACCAACGGAGCCGGCGACGAUGUGAAGGUGCAGUUCAACCGCACGGGCAGCGGCAGCGGCGGCUUCCUCGAGGGGCUCUUCGGCUGCCUGCGGCCCGUGUGGAACAUCAUAGGCAAGGCCUACUCCACGGACUACAAACUGCAGCAGCAAGACACGUGGGAGGUGCCGUUCGAGGAGAUCUCGGAGCUGCAGUGGCUGGGCAGCGGGGCGCAGGGCGCUGUGUUCCUGGGCAAGUUCCGGGCAGAGGAGGUGGCCAUCAAGAAAGUGAGGGAUCAGAACGAGACGGACAUCAAGCACCUGCGGAAGCUCAAGCAUCCCAACAUUAUCGCCUUCAAGGGAGUUUGCACCCAGGCCCCGUGCUACUGCAUCAUCAUGGAGUACUGUGCCCACGGGCAGCUCUACGAGGUCCUGCGGGCCGGCAGGAAGGUCACCCCGCGGCUGCUGGUGGACUGGUCCACGGGGAUUGCCAGUGGCAUGAACUACCUGCACCUCCACAAAAUCAUCCAUCGAGACCUCAAGUCACCAAAUGUUUUGGUUACACACACAGAUGCAGUAAAGAUUUCAGAUUUUGGUACAUCUAAAGAGCUCAGUGACAAAAGUACCAAAAUGUCCUUUGCUGGGACAGUGGCGUGGAUGGCCCCAGAGGUGAUACGGAACGAGCCCGUCUCCGAGAAGGUGGACAUCUGGUCAUUUGGGGUGGUUUUGUGGGAGCUGCUCACGGGAGAGAUUCCGUACAAGGACGUGGACUCUUCAGCCAUCAUUUGGGGAGUGGGUAGUAACAGCCUCCACCUUCCUGUCCCUUCCACCUGCCCAGAUGGCUUCAAAAUCCUCAUGAAGCAAACCUGGCAGAGCAAGCCCCGGAACCGUCCGUCCUUCCGGCAGACACUGAUGCACCUGGACAUCGCCUCUGCUGAUGUGCUGGCUACUCCUCAGGAAACCUACUUCAAAUCCCAGGCUGAAUGGAGAGAAGAAGUGAAGAAACAUUUUGAGAAAAUUAAAAGUGAAGGAACUUGUAUCCACCGGCUGGAUGAAGAAUUGAUUCGCCGUCGGAGAGAAGAGCUGAGACAUGCGUUAGAUAUCCGUGAGCACUACGAGAGGAAGCUGGAGCGAGCCAAUAACCUGUACAUGGAGCUCAGUGCUAUCAUGCUGCAGCUGGAGGUGCGGGAGAAGGAGCUCAUCAAGAGGGAACAAGCAGUGGAAAAGAAGUACCCUGGGACUUACAAACGCCACCCAGUCAGACCAAUCAUCCACCCCAAUACAGUGGAGAAGUUGAUGAAGAGGAAAGGGGUCUCCCAUAAACCAGGCAGUCAGACCAAACGGCCGGAUCUACUGAAGUCAGAGGGCAUACCCAGCACAGAAGCAGCAUCCAAUGGCUCCCCAGUCUCAGGAAGUCCCAAGAUGUCAACCCUGAGUGGCAAAAGCCGGUACCGCAGCAAGCCCCGGCACCGCCGAGGGAACAGCAAAGGCAGCUACAAUGAAUUUGCAGGGAUCUUGAAAAACCAGCCAGCGCAAGAUGACGCCCCCCAGCCCGGCCCUCCCCACCCUCCCCACGCCCCCGCAGCGCCGCAGCAGCCCGGCCACAGCCCCCACGGGCAGCACUCGCGGCUGCACGCCCACGGGCAGGACAUCGCCACCUGCGCCAACAACCUGCGGUACUUCGGCCCCGCGGCCGCGCUGCGCAGCCCCCUCAGCAACCACGCGCAGCGCCGCGUCUCCGGCUCCAGCCCCGACCUCAUCUCCACCGCCAUGGAGGCCGACUGCCGCCGCGGCCUGGACAGCAAGGACAGCACGGCCGAGCGCUGGGAGUGCUGCCAGGCCGAUCCCUACGACCCCUGCCUGCAGUGCAGGGACGAGGACGGUGGCCAGGCGCAGAUGGCAUCUGUGGAACCGGGGGGGAGCCGCCCCCAGUCCCCCGCGUCCCUCUACGAGAGCGCGCAGUUCAUGGAGAAGCUGGAGGAGCAGGGCCCGGCGGCGUCUGCCCUGGGCACUCCCCAGCACUUGGCUUCCUCAGGGCUGCCCUGCAAAGCAAGAUCCCUCCAAAAGAGCGGGGAUGAGUCGUCAGAAGAGGAGGAGGGCGAAGUUGACAGUGAAGUGGAGUUUCCUCGUAGACAAAGACCCCACCGCUGCAUCAGUAGCUGCCAGUCCUACUCAACCUUCAGCUCUGAGAACUUCUCUGUGUCGGAUGGAGAGGAGGGGAACACGAGCGACCACUCGAACAGCCCGGAUGAGCUGGCCACCAAGCUGGAGGAUGAGCUGGCCGAGAAGCUGGAGGACAUGUUGUCCCAGACUCCAGAGAUCCCCAUUGAAAUCUCCACGCAGUCGGAUGGGCUUUCGGACAAAGAGUGUGCCGUGCGGAGGGUCAAGACUCAGAUGUCUCUGGGCAAACUUUGUGCAGAUGAACACAGCUGUGAGAACCCACCACAGUUUGGAGAAUCAGACUGUGACUCUUCUGAAGGGGAGUGUUCUGAUGCCACGGUCAGGACCAAUAAGCCCUGCAGCUCUGCUACUUGGAAGAGAAGAUGCUUCUCCUUCCCACCCCAGGAGUGAUUUGCAAUAACCCGAAUCUCUGGAAAAUGUCCAAAUGAAAUUAAUUCUCUUUGAGCAUUUCAAUCAAGAAUGGCAGGGAUGUAUUUUAUUGAAUAAUCUAGUUACUGUAACAUGGAUAUUUAUUUUUUUGACAUUUUAACACUUUUUACUGUAAAGAGUGGAUUGUAUUUAUAGACACACAGACUUGUUGCAAAAAAAAAAAAAAAGUUCAGAAAGCAAGCACACUAUGGAGAAACAUCCUGGGAGUCCUGCCUGGACAGCUUUGUGUACAGACGCGGGGGAUUCUCUUGCUGCUUGCACAGGGGACCAGGCCUUGUGGCCCUGAAGAUUGGAGAACAGAUCAAGAAAACUAAACCACUCAGUCUUAUCAAAUGAGGAAAAGCAGAAAAAGACCUGACUGUAGGGUCACCUGUGAACAAAGUGUUUUCAGUAUAACCAGCUGGGUCAUUUUUAAUCAGAAGGUGGACAUGUUCCUGGAGAAAACUGGUACUGAGGUGCUAACAACCAGGGUCUUCUGAGUCGAUACAUCCCCAGGAAUGUAAUGAUGGGUUUUAUUUUAAGGAUUUUUAGUUUCUUUUUUUAAUCAGCAUUUUGUUGUGAGAUCCUGCAAAUGUAUUCUAACCUCGUCCUCUUGAGAAUUGGUAUCAGAGCACUUCUUACCACCGUCCUUGCUUCACUCUGGGAGUGUCAACCUCCAGCUGAGCAGGGAAACCUCUCUCAGAUGCAGUGUGCCAUUUCCCAGUUUACUUCCUCCUCUUACCUCCUGUCUGUUUCAGUCAGUCAAAGAAAUCAAUCAACUCAGUGUUGUCCAAGCGAGGACUUGCAAAGCAUGGAAAGCACAUUCCGCAGAGCCCGAGCACUUCUGGGGAGGACGCUGGAGACGCCUGGAGUGGACUGGGAGAAGCAGCCUCUCACCUACAGCAGCAUCGAGAACCAGCAGAGGGCUGUGUGUUGAGGGGGAAGACUGGGAAUCACUGGCCUGGCUGAGAGCAUCAGCCCUGCCCUGUCUCCUUAUUCACUGUACAUUCUUGGAAGCAUUAGCAGCUGCCUGCCCUUCAUGGCAGGCCUUGUGCAGGGAAUCCUGACAUGGCCGUGGCACCGCUGUGUCUCGGGUGUGCCCCGAGGCCUCUGUUUCUCCUCCAAGCUGAAACUCUGCAGGUGCAAGUGAGGAUAGUACUGGUAUGUGACAGGCCGAGGCAUUGGCAGAUGAGAAAAAUUUGUUUUCUGAUAGAACUCAUAGUGCCUUCCCUUCAAACACUACUCUUCUAAAACAAUAUUGAAAGAGAACAAAACGAUAGAGCACGUUCCGCCCCCUUCCUUAGUUGAUGUCCCCCUGCAAGAGCUCUCCCUCUGCCCUUCCCAGUGUGCUGGCUGGCACGGCCAGCUAGAGGUGAACGGCAGGAAUGGACCAUGGACAGGUACUUCUGUUGCUUUGUUUGUUUACAUUUUAUGUUAAAAUAUUGGUUUGAACUUAACUGUGGUAAUUUAUAGCCUCAUGGCAAAGUGAAGGAAAAUGUCUUACUUAUACAGAGAGCAGUAUUGUAUGAGUUAAAUUAUCCCAUAUUUUUAAAUUUUUGUAGCUGGACUACAGACAGAUCUUAAGUUAUGAUGUUAUUUUAUUAUUUAUUAUCAUUUCUGUAGAUCAGAAGGUUGGCUUCACCGCUAGCACAAUUGUAAUCUCUGUGUGUGACGUUACCUUCUCCCUGCUCGCCAGAGGGGUGGGAGCAGAGCUGGGCUCAGUGGCUGUCAGGAGUUGCUGCCUCUCGUGAUUUCCAGGGAUGCUGUUACUCCAGGGCAGAGCGCAGAGAGGGGUGGAUGGCUGCAGUCAGGUUCCUCGUGGGCAGAGCUGCAGUUUGCUCAUGUUGCUGAUGGUUGGCAGCCACUGAACUGGUGGGAAUGUGAGGAGAGUGGUCAGGGGGUGAGGGGCUUUUGAACUGAUCACAAAGUGAAUAACUGUGACGAGAGUUCCCUGGCCAGAGCAUCCAAAACGAUGUCAGGGAGGAGGGCAGUUGCCCUGGGCAGUGGGUCCAUGUAGUGGACCUGCCCACCUGGGCAGGACCAAACAGGCUCCUGGAGAGGGAGUGACCUGCUCACCCUGCUCUGGGCAGAGACAGAGAACCCUGAGAGGAGUGCAGCUCUUUCCUGGCUCAUUCCCUCUCUCUUCCCACCUUUUGUUUCUCCUCCCCAGUGUUCUUUGUCUCUCGGCCAGUGGCAGGAGGAGCCGGCAGGGCCAGAGAUGGCUUUGCUGUUGUGGUGUGAGAGGGGGUUCGCAGGCCAAGGUGUGGGAAUUUAGCAGUGGAGAACUGUGUUCACAUAACACCUUGUGGUGUAAAGAGAGGUGGAGAACUGCCAUCAGGUGUCCCCAUCAGAGGAUGCCGAGCCCUGUGUCCCUGGACAGACUCUGCUCAGACCUGGCAGGCUCUGGGAGACCCAUGGGCAGCACUGGUAUCCUUGGGCAGUCCCACAAACAGCCCCAAAGCAGAGCUGCCUCCAGCUCAGGCCUGUCACUGUCCCCAGGGCCUCUGGCCUGCGGCAAUCCAGUCCCUGACCAACAGAUUCCAGAGGGAUUUGGGCACCUGUGGUCUCUUUGUAGGCUCCACCAUGGGUUGAAGCUCCACUGGGCUCGCAGAGCUUUGGUGUUUGGGAUUUUGAGACCCUUCUGGGCCAGCUGUCCUGGAUGCAGCUGACCCUUCCCCAUCCUUACCUGGGGACAUGCUGGCCUGUUCUGCAGCCUGGGCAAGCAGAGCUGCCCCCUCCAGCCUACCACAUUUAGCUCUAUUCUCACACCCCCGGGCCAUUGCACUGUUCCAGUCCAGUGUCGCUGCUCCUCCUGCUGCUCCUGACCCUGCAUCCCUCUGGGAAUGCCACUAGGGCAGCCCCUUGCCCUGCCUGUGGAGGUGCCACCCCAGCCUCCCCUGCACACGUCCCGUGGGCAGAGCUGGCUCAGCACCCCCACAUUCCCGGGAUGGUUGCUGUCAGUUCUGGGGGGGUUAUGUAGGAUUUUCCUUAGUGACAGCUCCCUGGGAUUGCACAGUCCCCACAUCGCUGUAUGGGCACCUCUGCUGCGGUUCCUUGCACUUCCUCUCCUGGCAGGGUCUGGGGUUGAGAGGUGUAGGUGAGCCUGCUUACUCCUUGUAGUUACACCGCAUUCCAGGGCCGGAGUAAACUGUGGGUUUCCUUUCCAGCAUCCCGAGUACCCUGAUCCCGUUCUUGUGGCUGCUGACAGCUCCUGAACACUAGCCUAGAUUUUCUCCCAGAGCUGAAUGUUGCCCUCCCCACUGUCGUGUUAAGUACCCAUUUCAUCUUGGCCCUGUCCAGUAGUGUUCAUCCCCUCCUCCCUGCUCUGUGGAUUCCUGAGACAAACUUGAUUUUUUUUUGUAUUGACCAGUGUACAGUGAUGGAAACAAGAAUGACUAUCAAAGCAAACAAUGCAUGGAAUAAAAAGCCAGUGUACUUCAA